AUGGGCAAGGUCAUGGGCUACUCGAAAGACGACCGACGCGCGAGGGCAUCCCACAUCCUGCUGUCCUUCGAUGCCUACCCGGAAGGGAGCUCGCCCGACUCCGAGGCGAUGGCGAACGGGCUAAAGGCAAAGAUCGAAGGCGGCGACUUCACGUUUGAGUUUGCGGCGGAGAAGCCGUCUUCAAGCAAGGUCGUGGAGGACGAGCCGCUCGGCACGAUCUUAGGCCCGGUCAAGACGCAGUUCGGCCAUCACUUGAUCAAGGUGGUGCAGCGGGGAGAGUCAUGA